AUGUGGAUGAAGACGGUGCUGCCCAAGGACCUCAGAGUCCUAGGCGUAGUCCAGCUGUGGACAGUGUACCUGCUCCUGGAUGGUCUGCUGGGCACCUGCGCAGCCGUCAAGAUCAUCACGGAGGAGCCUCCAGGAACCAUGCAGCCAGCAGGACAUAAACCCUUUGUCUGCAGUCUGUCCCGGCAGAUUUCCACUCAGCUGACAGCCAUUAUCCGGAAAACCGACUGUGGCCAUCAAACUGCUCCCAAAAGGCCCCGCACCAUGCCGGCCCCAGGUGGUCCUGCAGAAUCAGGGAAGCCUGGACUUGCUGAAAGCCCGCGUAAACGAGCUGCUCCUGAUGGAAUUUCCUCCGCUCUCCUCCCACUGCCUACCUACCCGGCGGAACUAACUGUGGGAGCCCACAAACCUGUCUCCUCAGGAUCCCACACUCUACGCUAUAACCUCAUGACCUUUUCUCGGGAGGUGUCUGGGGAGCCCCGGUUCCUGGCCCUGGGAUACCUUGAUGAUGAGCUCUUCCUGCGCUACGAUGGGGACAAAAGGACAGCAGAGCCCUGGGGACCUGGGUUCGAGGGGCACGGGGGAGCUGAGACCUGGGCAAGAGAGACUGAGACCCUGCGGGAGAAGGAGGACCAUCUCAGGGAGAUGCUGGCUGACGUCAUAAGCCAGCAGAGCCAGAACAAGGCUCCAAAGACACCUGGCUUCCUUGAGAAAUGUUCUGCAGGAUACAGGGGAAAGGCCCUUAAGAGGAUCAGGAGCCAUUGGAGCUCAGUCCCGGCCUCCCACAGUUCCUUAACCACUGGGAGAUGUGUGACCUACAGAGAGGGGAGGUUGGGAGGCAAACAAGAACAGGGUGGUCCUUUGGGCGACCCACCGUGCAAUGACAGAAGGGUCCUCACUCUCAUUAACUCACUUUAUCUUCUCUCAGGCCCACCAAGGAUGAGUGUGACCCUCAAGAAAUCCUCCCAUGGCAAGAACAAACUUACGUGCUGGGCUUUUAAUCUGUAUCCUCGGGUGGCCAACCUGGCCUGGCUUCAGAACGGGAAACCGACACAGGAGCAUACCUGGGGGCCCGGGACCACCCUGCCCAGCGGAGACGGGACCUACCAGACUCGGGUGUCCGUUUGGGUCCUUCCUGGACAGGAAGCGCAGUUCACCUGCAACCUGAGGCACCACAGCCACGACAGAGAAAUCCCUGCUGUCUCUGAAGAAAACCAAGCCAGGACCAGCAGCUCGGUUUCUGCUCCGGCGGCUUCUGCUCUUUCUGUGGUGUUGGUGUUUCUAAGCCUUGCCUAUACCACGCAGCCCAGCAAGAGACCAGUGUUCUGGGAAGAUGCCAUUUGCUCUCAGGAGAAUGGCAACAGUGAUGUCAGUGAGGUAUCCAAAGGGACCAGCUGUGGUCGGGCAUGGUAG